CACGUAGAACUUUUUUUGUAGAUUAUUAUACAUCAAUGAUCAGUUUCUAGUGCCCGCAAAAAAAACGUGAAAUGCAAUUUUAGUCGCUUUACGUAGAUCUCAGAAAAAAACGUGCAUUGUAAAGAAAAUAAUAAUAAUAAUAAAACGAGCAACUCGUUACAUAGUACCCAUCCCUCGCCUAUUAUAGAAGCUGCGAUGCUCAGUAGCGUCAGUUAUCGGAGAUAAGAAAUAAAAUAAAAAUAAAAAAUUACUUGUUACAUUUGCUUUUUGUAAAAGCUCUUAGAGAGCGCCGAAACGAACGAAAGCUUUGAAAAUUUUAUUACUAGUUGCCAUUGAUACAUACAUGAUUAUAUAAAAAAUUUACGGUGGUUACGUACAUACAUACACACACACGCGCACGCAUCGUGCGUAUAUAUUAUCAAUUAAUAAAUAACGCAUAAUAAAUCGUGUACACGAGCGCGCGCGCCGAAAGAACAAAAUGAGUAGCCACUAUCGUUACACGUCGCCGCGCCUGGAUCGCGAGCGCAACAACGAGCGCGAGAGGGAGCGCGAGCGCGAUCGCGCCAACUUCAUCGCCAGCAAGUGCAUGAGCUACUCGGAGACGAAGCUCCACUCGUCCGCCAGCUCGCGCUCCUGCUCGCCGCGCUAUCGCGACAGCAAUCGCCUGUACGAGUCCGCCUCGCCGCCGCUCCAGCUGCACUGCACGACGCCCCAGCCGAUACUGUGCAGCGAGCGCCUCCUGCUCCAGGACCAGCAGCAGCAGCAGCAUCAUCAUAGUCAUCAUCAGCCACAGUAUCAGUAUCAGCAUCAUCAAACGACGCAGCAUCAUCAUCAGCCUCAGAGUCGAUUGACGUCGUCGUCGUUGCAGCAUCAGAGCAGCGUCGAGCGCAGCAUGUCGCAGUAUCCGCUGUCGAGCAGCGUCGCCUCGCAGCAGCACCACUCAUCGGCGCCACCGAUCUCGAAGACGCGCCGCGUGCUGCUCGGCUGCACGGGCAGCGUGGCCACGAUCAAGCUGCCCCAGCUCGUCAAGGAGCUCGUCGGCUGGAACUGCGAGGUGCGCAUCGUCGUCACGGAGCGCGCCAAGCACUUCCUCAAGGAGAAGGAGCUGCCGCCGGGCUGCCAGGUGCUCUCCGACACCGUCGAGUGGGCCGCCUGGCAGGAUCGCGGCGACCCCGUGCUGCACAUCGAUCUGGCCAAGUGGGCCGACGUGUUCCUGAUAGCGCCCCUCGACGCCAACUCCAUGGGCAAGCUCGCCAGCGGCAUCUGCGAUAACCUGCUGACCUGCGUGGCUCGGGCCUGGGACACCAAGAAGCCGCUGCUCUUCUGCCCGGCCAUGAACACGAGGAUGUGGGAGCAUCCGGUCACGGCGCCACAGGUAUCGCUGCUGAAAUCUUGGGGUUAUAAGGAAGUGCCGUGUAUAUCCAAAACUCUAAUGUGCGGCGACACGGGCAUAGGCGGCAUGGCCGAGAUUGACACUAUCGUACAGGCGACGCUGCGCCAGCUGAGCCCGUGGGAUCCCUACUCGUCGACGGACUCGCAUCAUCAUCGUUAGAGAGAAAAAAAUUAUAAUAUAAAACCAUUAUACAUACUAUACAUAUUAUAUAUAUAAAUAUAUAAAUAUAUA